AUGGGUGUUAUCGACAAGCUGUCCCGCAAGUCUGGCGUCAUCGUUGGUGAUGACGUCCUGCGACUGUUUGAAUAUGCCCAGGAGAAAAACUUCGCCAUCCCUGCCAUUAACGUGACCUCGUCCUCCACCGUUGUCGCGUCCUUGGAGGCCGCCCGCGACAAGAACUGCCCCAUCAUCCUGCAAGUAUCCCAGGGUGGUGCCGCCUACUUCGCUGGAAAGGGCGUUUCCAACACCAACCAGGAAGCUUCGAUUGCUGGUGGUAUCGCCGCUGCCCACUACGUCCGCAGCAUCGCCCCAACCUACGGCAUCCCCGUCGUGCUGCACACUGACCACUGCGCCAAGAAGCUGCUGCCAUGGUUGGACGGCCUUCUCGACGCCGACGAAGCCUACUUCAAGCUGCAUGGCGAGCCUCUUUUCUCCUCUCACAUGAUCGAUCUCUCCGAGGAGCCCGUCGACUGGAACAUUCAGACGACCGCCAAGUACCUCAAGCGCGCCGCGCCCAUGAAGCAAUGGCUCGAGAUGGAAAUUGGUAUCACCGGCGGUGAGGAAGACGGCGUCAACAACGAAGACGUUGACAACAACUCUCUCUACACCCAGCCCGAGGACAUCCUGGCCAUCUACAACACCCUGUCCCCGAUCAGCCCGUACUUCUCGAUUGCCGCUGGCUUCGGCAAUGUGCACGGCGUGUACAAGCCCGGCAACGUGCGCCUCCACCCGGAGUUGCUCAAGAAGCACCAGCAGUACGUCAAGGAGAAGAUUGGGUCCAAGUCCGACAAGCCCGUCUUCUUCGUCUUCCACGGCGGCUCCGGUUCCAGCAAGGAGGAGUUCAAGGAGGCCAUCAGCUACGGUGUGGUCAAGGUCAAUGUCGACACGGACAUGCAGUUCGCCUACCUGUCCGGUGUCCGCGACUACGUUCUCAAGAAGAAGGACUACCUCUUGACCGCGGUCGGCAACCCGGACGGCGCCGACAAGCCCAACAAGAAGUUCUUCGACCCGCGUGUGUGGGUGCGCGAGGGCGAGAAGACCAUGAGCCUGCGCGUGCAGGAAGCUCUGGCAGACUUCAACACUGCUGGCCAGUUGUAA